UUUUGUUUUCAGGGACAGGAUUGGAAUCCGAGGGAGGGAGGCGAGAGCGGAGGCACUUCCUGAUAGACGCCUCACGUCUUCUGCCAGCACCUGCCUCGUCCUCUUCAUUCCCUCUCUGCGGUCGGGUUUGUCGUAGAACAGGAUGCCCUACAAGGAUCUGGUUAAAUGCUGGCACCAUGGCGUCCUGGCGGCGGAGAAGAACGACUUGGACGCGGCCUUGGAGAAUUUCACCAGUAUGGAGGAUCCUCCCUCAAAGAUCUGGUUCAACAUUGCUUCCAUUCACCUCCUGAAGGAAGACUUCCUGAGCGCUCUGCAGUCAUACAGUGAGUCUGUGACUAAGGACCCGUGCCUGGCUGUUGGGUUCUUCCAGAGGAGCUAUGUUCAUUUUAAGCUGGAGAGGUAUGAGAAGGCCCUGGGUGACUGCCACAUGGCGAUGGCGCAGCUCAGAAACAACAGCGUUAUAGACUACAAACAGCUGGGUCUGCACCACCUGCUUUAUGCCUGGGAGGUGCUAUAUAACACAGCAGUUAUACUCUGUUACCUGGGAAAAUGGGAGAGCGCAGAGCAAAAGAUCGACGAGGCUGUCACGUGGCUGCCAGGGGAAAUCAGGAACGCCAAGCUUGAAGCUGCCCAGGCUCAGAUUCGGAGUCAACAUCUCCUUCAGCCAAUGCACAUACCGGACGGGGAGAUAUUCAGGCCUCGAAAGCAGGAAGUGGAGCAGCUGAAUUCCAAAGAUUUCUUGGGCAAACCAAAGGUCAUCUCAUCGGUGGUUCCCAAUGAUCAGUACAGUGGUUUCGAGCCCCUCCGCCCCCAGAAGCCGGGCUUUUACCAGCCGUGCCAGGAAGCCAUACAAGGUCGGGAUGCCGGAUACCACCGCGUUAUGGUCCAUUACUAUCCUGAAGACUCUGGGGAGGUAGCGGUGAAGGCCAACAGCAUCUUGUUCGUUCUGAAUAAACAUGGAGACUGGGCGACGGCCAUCCACGACGGGCAAAAAUUUCUAAUUCCUACGAAUUUUUUGGAACCAGUGGAUGCACCUAAAGCAGAUAUGAAGAAAAUUAAUAAUGGGAUUCCGCUGCCCCCCAUGAAGAUGCCGCCCACCAGACCCAAUGCAAAGGCUGCAGGUAACGCGCUACUACCUCAGCAAGUACCACCACAGCCCACGGCUGACCAACCAGUAGCCAAUGAGAAUCCAUUAAGAGAAGAUCUAGGUGUUCCUUCGAAAGACGAACAGGUGGUGGCCACCAUAGUCCAUGCAGAAGAUAAGGAUGAGAUAGCGAGGGGUGCUCCUUCAGAAGAAGGACAAUCAGGGGAGACGACCAUCCAUCCUGGACCACUGGAGAGGACGUCACCUACCAUGAUCAAGGAAGCCGACCCACCUAGACCUUUUCAGAGAGUACAAAUGGUCGUCACUCUACAAAGCUGUGCACCCGUCAACCAGGAGGCCAAAAAGGAAAUUACAGGGACUGACAAAGUGAAGGUAAAUGAAGCAGAGUCUUCACCAUUGGAGGAGGACGUUAUCGCCCUGCAGGUGCACACAGAGUUCACCGUAGACUUAUCAGUGAGCAAGAACAUCACCUACCAGGAGCUACAGCGCCUCCUCAGGGAGGAACUGAAACAGCAUGGGGAACAGAUGAACAUCCAACUUAGUUACAGGGAUAUUGAGGGUAACCAGUUAACGUCCGUGAAGAAUGAUGGAGACCUACGGGGGAUGUGGAAUCAAGCGAAGAACAACAGACUGAUGCUGUGUUGUAAGGACGCCCAUCACUGCGUGGGGAGGCCCAUCCUCUAUCGCAUGAAAGCCAUCCACACCUACACAGCCGAAGGACCAGAAGAUCUGCCCUUUAAAAAGGAUAACGUCAUUGAUAUCUUCUCAGAAGUAAAUGAAGAAUGGUUGGAGGGUCACUGCAAUGGAAGUAUCGGGAUAUUUCCAAGGUGCUUUGCCAUCGAAGUCAGUGAGCAGGACGCAUCAUAAAGAUAGAGGAACGAGAACUGACGCCAUAUUCUGAUCUGCAUCUCGAAGUAUCUCUGUGGGACGGCGGCCACACAAUUUAGUGGAAGUCCGUUACCAAUAAGUCUGUAUAGUAUCGCAAUAGGAUUGGGGGAGGGUGGGGGGGGGGGUUACUGGAUGUUGGAGAUCAAAUUCAUAUAGGUCUGAAAGUUGUACAAUCUGUGAUGAUCCCGGUUCUCCAUUCUAAUUUCAUUUUUUAUAUUUAAUGUUAUUUAUGAAAGAGGCGAUACAUGUAGCUGAUGUGAGAUUAUAUAUGUGCAAUUUUAAAGGGGUUGUCUAUAUCUGGGAGAUUGGUGGCAUAUUGCUAGUUUUUCAGCAGCCGGGACUGGGAAACUGGUCAGAGCUGAGGGAAAGAUGGAUGGUGCCUAAAUACGGGGAUAUUCUUCAGCAGAACCUGCCCCGCUCUGCGCGUGAUCUGAGGCUAGGACGGAGGCUCGCCUUCCAGCAGGACAAUGACCCCAAACACACGGCUAAAGCAACA